AUGAUUAUAGGAAUUGAAUGUUCCUUUUUGCUUGUCUAUCAUGUAAGUAUUUGUGAAUAAUUUAAGGCAUAAGUAAAGUUCCCUCUUUUGGAUAGAUAGGUUUCGUACUAUUAUUUUUGUAGAGUUGUUAGAUUUAUAUUAAUUAGCGAGUGAUUUGGUUGAUUACAUUGUUAUGGGAUUUUGUGAUAAAGAAGAAAAAUUCUAUAUCAAAAAAAUUGAUUCUUCUCUUGAUCUAAGUUUAUUUUGCCUAAUUCAUAUGA